AUUUGAGGCCUUUAAACAUCAACCAAUUAUGGUAAAUGUUUAACUGUAGGAGUUCAGGCAGACGGCCAAAUUCUGGUUUCAAAGCUAUUGCUAGUUUUAAAGAGUUUCUCAUUUUUAAGCAAAAGCAUUUCUGGGUACUGGUUAUAUCGUCUUGUGGGUGGAGCUACUGCAAUGUGAAUAAGUGGACUAGGCAGAACCUGGGUCCUGAAGACAUCGCCCCUGCAGUAUUACCUGAAAGGUCCUGGGGAGAUAGUUCCCAUUUAUAACUUAGCUCUAUUUACCUAAAGCCAGUUUAUUUCCACCGACACAAAGUAAAGAGAGAGAGAGAGAAUUGUUUUUCUUAGCCGAGGAGCAUCUACAAAAACUGCAAGGUUGGGGGAAGGGGAGAAUAACUACCAUUUUAGCCUUUACUGGUUAGGAAAGCCAGGUAUUUGAAAUACCGUCUCUCCCCCUACUCCCGCCCCCGCCCCACAAGUUCCAGUGCUUGCUUUCUAAGCUUAUUAACUGAAUUACCAAUCUGCAUGAAACUGGUUUACACGUUCGCCCGGCCUCAAGACAGCCCUAACCUCCUGUGGCAGCAGCAACAAAUGGGGCCUGGCCCGUCCACACGCUCUGUUUGCAACCUCCGGAUAGCUGAGAUUCAAUCCUAAAGCCUCUCUGGUAUAGACACGACAAUGACGGGGCUACUGAAGUGACUUUUCUUAGUCCAUUUUAUCUCCUUUCCUGUCUCCCCGAGGUAUCCCAGAGGUCUCUUUCCUUUUUUUCUUACCAGACCCUUCCGCGCAGCCCCCAAACUCCAAACCUUGUUCCCCUUCCCAAAAGUCUCCCAUUCACCGCCACCCUCCCCUAACCAAAGUCCCCUCCCGGUCACCACCAAAGCCCGGAGAAGUGGAUUGCACACAAUGCCUCCCUUAUAGGGCUUGAGCUGGGAACUGGGCAUGCUCAGUAGCCAAAGCAGUUUUUUUUUUUCUUCUUCUUCUUCUUCUUCUUUUGGUCGCAAGUGCGGCAUCUCUCUCAGUCCCACACCUCUUUCCUCUCCCCUAUCCCCUCUUCCCACCCCUUAAUCAACCCCUCGUAACCGGUUCCACACCGAAGGUUCGCAGGGUUCUGAGGUGCGGAGAACUAACGCGUCUCCUAAAUCCACCAAACAGUCUCACUUUGGGCUAAAGCUUCACACUUUUGCCUUAAAGCCCCCAGCCCCUUACGCGCAGACAGGUAGGAGGAGUGAGAACACUACUGGCUCCCAGGAAACUGGUCCAGAGAAGGCUCCAUCCAGGAUCGCCCGCGACUGAAGAAGUAUUCCCGGAGCCCUCUGUUCUGCAGGGUGACAAUUAGCAAAAGAUUAUUUCUCUUUAUUCAGAAGCAUAAAGUUGUUUGCUGAUUGCAAGAAGAUGUUUCUUUGGCUCUUUCUGAUUUUGUCAGCCCUGAUUUCUUCGACAAAUGCAGAUUCUGACAUAUCGGUGGAAAUUUGCAAUGUGUGUUCCUGCGUGUCAGUUGAGAAUGUGCUGUAUGUCAACUGUGAGAAGGUUUCAGUCUACAGGCCAAAUCAGCUGAAACCCCCUUGGUCCAAUUUUUAUCACCUCAAUUUCCAAAACAAUUUUUUAAAUAUCCUCUACCCAAACACAUUCUUGAAUUUUUCACACGCAGUGUCCCUGCAGCUGGGAAAUAAUAAACUGCAGAACAUUGAGGGAGGAGCCUUCCUUGGGCUCAGUGCAUUAAAGCAGUUGCACUUGAACAACAAUGAAUUAAAGAUUCUCCGGGCUGACACUUUCCUUGGCAUUGAGAACUUGGAGUAUCUCCAGGCUGACUACAAUUUAAUCAAGUAUAUUGAACGGGGAGCCUUCAAUAAGCUCCACAAACUGAAAGUUCUCAUUCUUAAUGACAAUCUGAUUUCCUUUCUUCCUGAUAAUAUUUUCCGAUUUGCAUCUUUGACUCAUCUGGAUAUCCGAGGGAACAGAAUCCAGAAGCUCCCCUAUAUCGGAGUUCUGGAACACAUAGGCCGUGUGGUCGAAUUGCAACUGGAAGAUAACCCUUGGAACUGUAGCUGUGAUCUAUUGCCUUUAAAAGCUUGGCUGGAGAAUAUGCCAUAUAACAUUUACAUAGGUGAAGCUAUCUGUGAAACGCCCAGUGACUUAUACGGAAGACUUUUAAAAGAAACCAACAAGCAGGAAUUAUGCCCCAUGGGCACAGGCAGUGAUUUUGACGUGCGAAUCCUGCCUCCGUCUCAGCUGGAAAAUGGCUACACCACCCCGAACGGUCACACCACCCAAACAUCUUUACACAGGUUAGUGACCAAAGCACCGAAAACAACAAAUCCGUCCAAGAUCUCUGGAAUCGUGGCCGGCAAAGCCCUCUCGAACCGCAAUCUCAGCCAGAUAGUGUCUUACCAAACCAGGGUGCCUCCUCUUACACCUUGUCCGGCACCUUGCUUCUGCAAAACCCACCCUUCUGAUCUGGGACUGAGUGUCAACUGCCAAGAGAAAAACAUCCAGUCCAUGUCAGAGCUGAUACCAAAACCGUUAAAUGCCAAGAAGUUGCACGUCAAUGGCAACAGCAUCAAAGACGUGGACAUCUCCGAUUUCACCGAGUUCGAGGGACUGGAUCUACUCCAUUUAGGCAGCAAUCAGAUUACCGCAAUCAAGGGGGACGUAUUCCGAAACCUCACGAAUCUACGCCGGCUUUAUCUCAACGGCAAUCAGAUCGAGAGACUCUAUCCCGAGAUCUUUUCAGGCCUUCAUAACUUGCAGUAUUUAUAUUUGGAAUACAACUUAAUUAAGGAAAUCUUAGCGGGCACCUUUGACUCAAUGCCAAACUUGCAGCUGCUGUACUUAAACAAUAAUCUCUUAAAGAGCCUGCCCGUGUACAUUUUCUCGGGAGCACCCCUCGCUAGACUGAACCUGAGGAACAACAAGUUUAUGUAUCUGCCUGUCAGUGGUGUCCUGGAUCAGCUGCAGGCUCUUACUCAGAUCGACCUGGAGGGCAACCCAUGGGACUGCACUUGUGACUUGGUGGCAUUAAAGCUGUGGCUGGAGAAGCUGAACGAUGGGAUUGUCAUGAAAGAACUGAAGUGCGAGACACCUGUGCAGUUUGCCAACAUCGAACUGAAGUCCCUCAAAAACGAAAUCUUGUGUCCCAAGCUCUUAAACAAGCCAUCGGCGCCAUUCACGAGCCCUGCACCUGCCAUUACUUUCACUACCCCCCUGGGGCCCAUUCGAAGUCCUCCUGGUGGUCCAGUGCCUCUGUCCAUUUUGAUCCUAAGUAUCUUAGUGGUCCUUAUCUUAACUGUGUUUGUAGCUUUUUGCCUUCUUGUUUUUGUGCUGAGACGAAACAAGAAACCCACAGUGAAGCACGAAGGCCUGGGGAACCCCGAGUGCGGUUCCAUGCAGUUGCAGCUGAGAAAACAUGACCACAAAACCAACAAAAAAGACGGCCUGGGCACGGAAGCAUUCAUUCCACAAACCAUAGAACAGAUGAGCAAGAGCCACACCUGCAGCCUGAAAGAAUCUGAAACCGGGUUCAUGUUUUCUGAUCCUCCAGGCCAGAAAGUCAUGAUGAGAAAUGUCACUGACAAGGAAAAAGAUGUAUUGCACGUGGAUACCAGGAAGAGACUAAGCACCAUCGAUGAGCUGGAUGAAUUAUUCCCGAGCAGGGAUUCCAAUGUGUUUAUUCAGAAUUUUCUCGAAAGCAAAAAGGAGUACAAUAGCAUAGGCGUCAGUGGCUUCGAGAUCCGCUAUCCAGAGAAACAAGACAAAAAAAACAAGAAGUCACUGAUAGGCGGCAACCACAGCAAAAUUGUUGUGGAGCAAAGGAAGAGCAGCGAGUACUUUGAACUGAAGGCAAAACUCCAGAGUUCCCCCGACUACCUACAGGUCCUUGAAGAGCAGACAGCUUUGAACAAGAUCUAGGUCAUGCAAUCUUACUUCCCACAGAGGACAUUUAUUUAAUGAUGAAAGUGCCUUUUGUUGACUUCUCACUUCCAAAUACUAUAUUAUCAAUAGGCAUAGAGACAGGUGUUUCCAAGGGUGUCUCAUUAACUGUAGCUGCAAAGAUGUGUCCCGUAGAAGAGAAUUUCCUUAAUAGAUUUUACUACAUAAAACCUAUACUGUGGAGUCCUGUGGGGAUACUGCAAACUCUAUUGCCAAAGGGAUGCUUUAUAUACAUAAUUCACUGAAUUUAACCUCAAGAGGCAAAUCUGUUUUGUACCCCAAUGCAAAACCUUCGUCUCUUUGUGCUCUGUAAAACAAACUCAAGAAAACUGGUACCAGUGUUUGUACCUCAGCUGGGUCCUUCAUCUUGCACGUAGAUUCAGUUGGUGGAACUGGAAUACUCCUUUUGAUUUGUGGCAUUGUAACAACUUUGUGUAAAGAUUCUCUGAAAAGUAAAAAAAAAAAAAAAAAAAAAGCAUGCCAAGAAAGAACAUUCGACAGUAUUUGUAAAUCGGUAAACUUUAUGGCCUGCAUCUUGAAACCGCUGGAUUUAUAAUGUUAAAUUGUGCAAAUAUUUGUUUAAAAUAUACCAUGCAUUACAUAACUAUAAAAUAAAUUUGAACACUUUAAGCAUUACCUGUCUAGACAUAAAACCUAAAAGAGAAAAAAAAAUAAACGUGAGUUACCUAGCGUUUGUGGUGAUCUGAAGAAAUACGUGAUGUUUAUCAGAAUUAAACAUGGCUCAAAUUCAACUAAUAUUAGAGUUUGUUCUCAGUUAUGUGAAAUACCCACAAUCCUUAAAGGUUGUCCAAAAUUAGCAAAGUGCUUACCGUGUGAGCGCACCCAAAGCUAUUUUUGUAACAUAAUUCAUAUUUAUGAAGUACUUUGUAUACUAAAUAGGAAAAUAUGUACUCCUUAAUCUGUAUUUAAUAUGCCUGACUUGUUUUCCUGAUCACAGGGAAUUUAUCAAUAGUAUACAUUUAGACAGCAAAAAUAUACCAAACUGAAACUGAAGCUUAUGUGUACAGAAAUAUUUUGGACAUUGUGAUCAGGUAUCAUUUAAAAACAAAAACAAAAAAAACACAAAAAAACAAAAAUAAAAAAAUAGUUCUGUGCUAUCAUUGAGAAUUUAGCAUAUUAUCUUCAGAUUUGUUACCAACCGUGCAUUUUAAAAUAGGUUCCUUAGUUUUAUAGACUGUGUCUGAGGCAAUUAUUUGCCAUCACUUGUCUUGCUUUUCAGGAUUCUAUGAGCUGAAUUCAAAUAGUUUUCACUACGAAUAUUUAAAAAAUAAUGAAUAAGGUUAAUAGUUAUAUCUUGUAUGCAUCAUAUCCUGUUCUUUCAUCAUUCUGACUACUAUCAGAUAAUCAAGUAGAACAGUAAACAUCAUGGUAAUCCGCGGCUAUGAAAGCCACACUGUAAAAUGCUUUCAUUGGUCUCAGAUGAGUUCACAGUCUGCAAGUACAAAUGAUAUGCCACUGUGUUUGCUUGUGCUGUUAACUUCUAAGUCAAAAUUGGUCAAAGGAAGGGAGCACUUGACCAUGGGAGAUAUUUUAAUAUUUUUAGGUUCUCCCAAUUAGCAAAGGGACAUCCUGAAACAUUGCCUUCUUGGCCUACCUGCAUAUGUAUAUUAUUCGUGCUCCAUCUCUUAUAAUUACUGUAUUGAUCAGUAAGAUGACCAAGAAGGUAAAAUAUAGGCAUUCUUCAUGAAUUUCAAGUGGCAGGUAUUUUGGUGCAGCUUCUAAAAUGAUAUUAUGAUUAAAGUUGUAACAGCAGUCUCUUUAUUAAUGACUAAUUCCAGGGCUUUAUGUGUUUGUUGCAAGAUUAAAAAAAAGCAAACAAACAACUUGGCAUUCUUGGAGGUGUUUGUGUGUAUGUGUGUGUUUGGGUGUACAUGCAUACAUAUAGAGUAUUUGGAGAUUUUUUUUUAAAUAGCAAAAAAAAUUGUCUCCAUAUGUAUGUGCUGGUGCUCUUAAAACUUUAAUGUGUAAUUUUAAUUUUCAUGACAAUGUCUGUGAAUACUUUAUAUGAAUAUUAAAAAUAUAUAAACAAAUACUUGCUUUCUGAUCUUGAAAGAAAAGACAUGAAGAUGUGUGCCCAACAGCCUGUUUGCAUCUACAAUUUCAUAAGAACUUUUAAUAUGCCAUUACCAUGCUUGCAUGCAUCCAUGGAUUAAAGGGCUCCUAAUGUGUACUGACAGGAUAAAGACGCAAAGGCUGCAAAGAAAGUGUUUUAGUUUAUCCUGUCAAUAAAGUUUGACUUGAGGACUCUUAAGUAGAUGCUCAUAGGAGGAACCGGAAAGCUCUAUUUAUGAGCUGGGGAUAAGAGGUCAUUGGGAUGAUGCCUUUUAUUCAGUGUGUUGAUAGUUUGAAGAGGUUUCAAGGUUUUUGCAGUUGUCAAAGGCAAGAGUACCUGCCUCCAUCUUGAAGCUUGCUGUAGCAUAUUGGCUAUCUCAUACUCUUCUGCUGAAAGGAAUAAAUGUUCACCUUUUCCAAAAAAAAAAAAAAAGUAAUUUUAAUGUAUGUGGUUAUUUGGAAGUUCUACUUAUAAGUGAAUGACAGUAACAAAUCCUUGGUUAAGGCUGAUCUCUUUCCCUGAACUAAAGUCUUUGUGCCUACAUUACGCAAUGUAUACAAUGUUACACCUGUCUCUCAUUAGUUCUACUUGUACAUUUUAUGAUAAUGUAGUUAGGCAUAAGUUUUGAUUUGAGUACCAGAGCAGUUAAAAUACUGUUAUCUACAAUUUGUUGGUUUCAACUAUAACCUUGAUGUUAGUUUAACUCCUUAAGGAAAGAUCUAUAUGUUGGUACAGCGUUUUUAGUAGAAUUUAAUUCAAAUCUAAAAAAUCCAAGAAGUGCUCAUGUCUAAUGUGGUCUGACACAUCAUGGGCUUCUUGGCAUUGUAUCAUGUACUUGGACUCUGUUAGAAUGGUGGCAGAGGAAAUUAGAUCAUAUGAAAUCGGUAAAGGGGUGGGGAUAAUAUGUCUGUGGAAUAUAAACCAAGUUUUAAUUAUUUUUUUAUGAAAUCAAUAAAGAUGAUUCAAUUCUUUAAAAGGAAAUCUUUGUGUAAUUUUAUGAGAAAGCAGCUAUUAGAAUACAGUGAUUCCAGUCUAUAAGGCAAUUUGUAUUCUGUAUUUAGUUUUCCAUUCUGAAAAAUAAACUGAAUAAAUAUAUUAAUUAGAAAAUCAUUUCAAGACCAGCUUUCUUUCAUUGCUUUUAGAAAAACAGUUAAUUUCUUUAAGCCACAAGGAUGCAUACAUUAUACAGGGCAUGGCCUCAUGAGUAACAUCAACAGGUAUUGAAGAAAUAAUAAGACAUCUAGAAAUGUAUGGCAGUAAUAUUAAUCUAUAUCCUUUGCAUGAUUUGUACAUUGACAUUGUAUGAAAUGAGCACAGUGAGUUAUUAUUUUUUUGUGUUAUUGUCGCAUCCAAAGAGCUGGGGAGAAAAUAUAUGAAGAAUGUAUUUAUAAUCACUAUUUUGAAAUAAAGUAAAGAAAAUGCAUUGUAUUGUUUUUACCCUGAUUUGAUUAUUAUUAUUUACGUUAGUUUCUAAGACAAAAAUCAAAUAAUGCUAUAAAAGCUAAUGUAAAUCACAGAAAGGAACUGUUUUAAUCUUUUAUUUGCUUUUAAUAGCAUCAAGGUAUUAGAAGACUUUAUUAAAUGCCAUUUUUAUGAAAGUCUUAAUAAAAUUGUUUGCUACAAAGGUAUUUCUGAAGCCACACUUUGUUAAAUAUAUUUAUCUUUCCAUUAUUUUUCAGAAGAAAUAAAGCAGUAAUCAAAUUGAUCUUUUCACCCAGAUUUGUGGUUAAGACACAGAGCUUUCGAAUGCUAUUUGUAUUCAACUUAAUUGCUAAAUCUGUGUUAAGAGAUGCUUUUCCUUUCUAACAUCUUUGCAAUUUGAGUUCCUUUCCACUGGCAUUCUCUUUGGAGAAGAGCCAGACAGGGCCAAGGUCAACACGAUUUGAUUCUUCCCCAUUGCCUUGAAUCAGUUGGAAUCGGACAUAAUUGCAGAUAAGCAAAUAUUAACGUUCAAUCUUUAUCUGUUUCAAUACUUUUAGAAAAUACAGGGUCCUCUAUCAUCUAUGGCCAGCUUGAUUGGUUAGUUACCCAUUUCUGGGAUUGGUUUUGACUUUUAUUUGGUUCUUUCAAAGAUGACCAAAAUCAUCAGUCCAUCAUUUGAUUGAGAAAAAUGAACCAAUUGCAUUAUUUGAAGGCCCCAAAGAUUAUAAACUGGCCAAUAAAGUGUUUUCUUUCAGGAAGAGAUAGAAAGACAGAGGGAUACAGAGAACAUUAACGUUUCUGUGGCCUGGCUUUAUAACCAGCUAUGCUGAAGACCUGAGCAAUAUAGAUAGCAUGUUAUGAGUACUUUUGGACAAAAUGUUUUGUGUGUCACGGGAAAUGCAUCACGUGACGGAGAGACCUAUUUUAGUUCUUUUUUUCACAGUGAGCACAGUGGUUUGGGUCCAACCCACUCAGUUAUGUAGACAAGGGGUAUCAAAGGUUUAGCCUCAUUUCAAAUGCUCAGUCUAUUAGUCACUAUGAUCGGAUGGGCUGAACUAAAAUAUCCUGUUUGUGGCUUCAUUUAUCGGGAAUCACUAGCAACAGAUCUCAAGUUCAAUUGUUAACCCUCAAUUUCAGAUUUGCCAGGGACUCUGUCUUUUGUUAAAAGCAAAUGGGAAGCUAAAUACAUUUUAAUAGUUUAUUCUGUACAAAACGGAUCUUAGUCCAAUUUUGAAUUGCAUUUGUUUUACUUCCCACUGGUUGAAAAGAUUGCAUUUUAGAGAGGUUACUCAAGGAAGGAAAGCUGCAUUGUCCAUCUUGUAUGAAACUCUAUGACUUUUUAGUUCUUUAAAAAUUAUUUUUAGCCUGUUGUUGCCUAUGUCUUCAGAGGGAAAAUGAGGGAAGGCUCUGAGACAACCACUUGAAUACUUUGAGCCAAAUAAUUGCCACUGAGAAUAAAAAGAUUCAAAUGUUUCAUUAAAUCAUAAUUACUAGAUCUGCUGACUGUAGUACCCAGAACCAAGAAAGAAUUACUCAGGCUUCCACCUUAGUGUGCUUUUGUAUACGCUGGCUAAAUAGAAACUCUGGUGAUUCAAUAAUACAUCAAAUAUGAGAAAUUCCUUGUUGAACUUAAAAAGCUCAUGAAUAUGGCCUUCAGAGAGAUGGUCUAAAUAUGUAAUAAGAAAUAUAUAAUAUCACUUUCAAAUUAACUAUAGGAAGGAAAUAGUCAUCUGAAGUUCAUGAACAAUCUAUUUCUAUACUAGCUCGUGUCAUACACUGCUAACUGCUCAUGACAGCCUUCGAAAGUGAUAGUGAGGUCUGUUCCUUCGCUGAGUUUUACAAUGUAUGUUUCCAUCAUUGUUCCAUGUAAACUGAACCAUUGUGGUAAAAUUCUGGAGUUGAUAUUCGAUAAUUUUAAUGCUGUUUUCACUAAUAAAAGUCUUUUCUUAUA